AUGUAUACCACGUGGUACAGCCGUGGGGAGGGGGGCAUGCACCACCACCAGAUGGGUCAAUUGUACCACGGGGCCCCCAUGAUCAAGACUGAGGCUGGGGUCAAUAGUGACUGUAUGAUGGCUGUCGAUUACGCGCCCCCCAUAAAGUUCGAAAGGGAUGCACUCAGAGUCAUAAAAUACACACACAGAGGCAGCGCACGCACACAGACACAGCGCGUCUCAAGUCUGGACACACAGACACGUAUGACGCUGUACGAGCCUCUCACACACGCGCGCUCCAAGAAAACCUUCCAUGUGUUGUUGAAAUGCUUUUCCUUGCAGCAACCUCUCGGGAAGAGUUUCAUAGCGAAUACCUCGCGGUAA